AUGUUGCGUUUGGUCAACCGUCAACUAAUUCCCAAACAGGUUCGCUUCAACUCCACUUCUUCUGGCGCAAAGGCCCAGAACAUGGUUUCCAAGGUUGUCAACAAGAGCACUGACCUCGUCAACUGCGCCGUCUACUGGUCCAAGGUCACCCUCGAGCUUGGCAAGUACAUCUGGACCAAGGAGGCUCUGUCUCCUCCCACCACGCAGCAGAUUCAGAAGGUUUUCUCCCAGGACCUGCUUUCCUACGUUCAGUGCGCCCGUACCACUUUCGCCAAACCGCAGAUGUUGAUUGACCGCGUGUCUGGUCUGGACAAGCAGAAGGUCAUCAAGGGCUCUGCUGUCCUUGUCCAGCUUCUCGGUUUGUUCUCUCUUGGUGAGAUUAUUGGCCGUCGUCACAUUUACGGCUACAAGUCUCACGGUGCUCACCACUAA